AUGUCGAGGGUUAUCUUUCGUAUGAGCCAUUUCAUUGAAGAUUUGGAUCAAACAUAUAAAACAUUUCCUACAGAGAGAUUUACUGGAAGAUAUGAGCUACUGAAACCGAUAAUUAUUAUACGAGACAUUGACUUGGUGAAGAAGGUCACUAUCAAGGACUUUGAACACUUUUUAGAUCACAGAGGUUUUUCUGAUGAAAAAAUAGAGCCACUAUUUGCUAGGAAUUUAUUUUCUUUAAGAGGCCAAGAAUGGAAAGACAUGAGGUCAACUUUAAGUCCAGCUUUUACAAGCUCCAAGAUAAAGCUGAUGGUGCCGUUCAUGGAGGAAGCUGGGGAUCAAAUGAUUAGAAACUUGAAAAUGAUCAUUAAAGAUUCUGACACUGGUUCCAUCGAUGUGGACUGUAAGGACUUGACAACGCGCUACGCAAAUGAUGUAAUCGCUUCCUGUGCUUUUGGACUCAAAGUGGAUUCUCAUACACAAAAAAAUAAUCAAUUCUAUGAAAUGGGGAAACUAGCUUCAACUUUCAAAUUUCGCCAGCAGUUGAUAUUUUUUGCUCUUUCUGCUUGUCCAUCACUUGUGAGGAAAUUUAAAUUAACAUUAUUCACUAAUGAAACCAAGGACUUCUUCUUAGAUCUUGUCACACGCACAAUGAAAGACAGAGAAGCAAGGAACAUCAUCAGACCUGACAUGAUUCAUCUUCUUAUGGAAGCUAAGAAAGGACAACUAACUUACGAUGAAAAAACAGGGAAUGAAAACCUCCAAGAUACAGGAUUCGCAACAGUUGAAGAAUCUUCUGUUGGCAAAAAAAGUAAUAAUAGAGUUUGGUCGGAUUGCGACUUGACUGCUCAAGCUGUGCUAUUCUUCAUCGCUGGCUUUGAUACCAUAGCAACAGCCAUGUCCUUUGCAUUGCACGAACUUGCCCUAAAUCCAGAAAUACAAGAACGUCUAGCCAAAGAAAUUCAAGAGGAACACAGCAAGAAUAAUGGAAAGUUAAAUUUUAAUGCUAUUCAGAGCAUGACUUACAUGGAUAUGGUAACGUCAGAAGUUCUCAGAAUGUGGCCGCCUGCACAGUUUUUAGAUAGAAUCUGUGUUAAAGACUAUAACCUGGGCAAACCAAACAGCAAAGCUACUCAGGACUAUAUUAUAAAGAAAGGUGAAGCACUGGCAAUACCGGUGUGGUGUUUCCACCGUGAUCCCCAAUACUACUCAGAUCCACAGAAAUUUGACCCUGAACGCUUUUCCCAAGAAAAUAAACACAAAAUCAAUCCCAUGGCCUACAUGCCUUUUGGCUUGGGACCACGAAAUUGUAUUGGCUCAAGAUUUGCCCUCUGUGAAUUGAAGUCCCUUUUAUAUCAGAUUCUGCUACACGUUGAAGUAACACCAUCUGAGAGAACUUGUAUUCCCGCAAAACUAUCUACUGAGUCGUUUAACCCAAAAUUAAAAGGUGGGCAUUGGUUGAAAUUUAAAAUUCGCAGU